AGUGACUCUUCACACAUCACACACGCGCUCACCUGCCCGACAGCGUCCGACUCGUCUUGCACCCUGACCACCACCAUCGCCGCUGCACGCAACCCACUGGCCGUGCGUACCGACGACGAGCAACGAUGAGCAACACUACCACCGCGUCCGCACACCCAUUCGUGCGCCGAAGGAUCGGCCGGGCGCCCUCGCCUCCCACAUGGGCGUGUUACGAGCAGAUCCCGUACGACGAUGACUACAGUGACAGCGGAUCAGAGGACAACUCGUGCUCGGAGGACGACGAGAACUACGGACGCAUUGUCCACCGCAGCAGCGAUGUCUCGGACGGAGAUCGCCCCGCCGUGCAUGAGAGAGAGGAUCGCGCGGGUCGCCCAGACGGGGACAUGGAGAUCGACGAGAGCGACGAGGCCUUGUCUGAGCACAAGAUUGCCGAACUCAAGAAGGAUGUCAAAGGCAAGCAGCGUGCCGUUGAUCCUGAGCCUGAGAGCCCCAAGAGACAGCACCGGCGAAAGCCCCGCCAGCCUGUCUUCACGCUGCGACCGAUCCUGACCAUCCAGAGGAGCCAAGGGUUCGUAUGGAAUCAGGAUCUAUUUGUCCCACCCUAUAUCAAAGACAGAUAUGUCGCUUCCACAUCUCCGCCGAACGGGUCUGGCUUCAUCUCCUCCUCGGUAUCGUCUACCAACUCGUCCAUGAUGGAUUAUGAAGUGGAGGUUGUGGAGAUUCGGGUGAAGGAGGGCGAGCUCAAUGAUAUCCUGCCUCAUUGAUCCCUCACUUGCAUAUUGCUCAUCUUCGCUUUCGUUCCAUCAUGUCCCUGCAUUGCUUCCUAACACACCCCGUCCAUAGACCAUUCUCAUUGUAUAUCGACUGCACACAUAUACCUCCCCACUUUGUAUUACACCUAAGUACAUUCGAUAGCCUGCUCGACUAAUGCUAUAAAUAAGGACCUCGUCGUUCGUAACCUGCUCAU